GCUCCACCCUCGCCUGGCCCCGGGUCUCCGGCCGCCGAGCCAUGGCGGGCAGCGGCGGCGCCCGUGGCGCGCUCUCGGCGCACACGCUGCUGUUCGACCUGCCGCCCGCGCUGCUGGGCGAGCUGUGCGCCGUCCUGGACAGCUGCGACGGCGCGCUGGGCUGGCGCGGCCUGGCAGAGCGACUUUUAAGCAGCUGGCUGGAUGUUCGUCAUAUUGAAAAAUAUGUAGACCAAGGUAAAAGUGGAACAAGAGAAUUACUUUGGUCCUGGGCACAGAAAAACAAGACUAUCGGUGACCUUUUACAGAUUCUUCAGGAGAUGGGGCAGCAUCGAGCUAUCCAUUUAAUUACAAACCAUGGAGGAGCCUUGAAUCCUUCACAGCAAAGAUAUCAGGAAAAUGAAUUUCUAAACAUGUCAUCCAAGGAAACAGUCAAUGUCACAGUGGAUAAUGUUCUUAUUCCUGAACAUGAGGAAAAAGGAAUAUUGCUUAAAUCCUCCAUCAGCUUUCAAAACAUUGUAGAAGGAACAAAAAACUUCCACAAAGACUUUCUAAUUGGAGAAGGGGAGAUCUUUGAAGUAUACAGAGUGGAGAUUCAAAACCGAACAUAUGCCAUUAAAUUAUUUAAACAGGAGAAAAAAAUACAAUGGAGGAAACAUUGGAAGAAGUUUUUAACUGAACUUGAAGUUUUACUACUGUUUCAUCAUCCAAAUAUACUUGAGUUGGCUGCAUAUUUUACAGAGACUGAGAAGAUCUGUCUUGUUUAUCCAUAUAUGAGAAAUGGAACACUUUUUGACAGAUUACAGUGUGCAGGUAACACAGCCCCUCUCUCUUGGCACACUCGAAUCGGUGUAUUAAUAGGAUUAGCUAAAGCCGUCCAGUACUUGCACAACACUGAGCCGUGCUCAGUCAUCUGUGGCAGCAUAUCAAGUGCAAACAUACUUUUGGAUGAUCAGUUUCAACCCAAACUAACUGACUUUGCCAUGGCACACUUCCGACCCCACCUAGAACAUCAGAAUUCCACCAUAAACAUGACCAGCAGCAGCAGUAAACAUCUGUGGUACAUGCCAGAAGAAUAUAUCAGACAGGGAAAACUUUCCAUUAAAACAGAUGUCUACAGCUUUGGAAUUGUAAUAAUGGAAGUUCUGACAGGUCGUAGAGUGGUGUUAGAUGAUCCAAAACAUAUUCAACUGCGGGAUCUCCUUAUGGAGUUGAUGGAGAAGAGAGGCCUUGAUUCAUGUCUUUCAUUUCUAGAUGAGAAAGUACAUCCCUGUCCUCGAAAUUUCUCCGUUAAACUGUUCUCUUUGGCAGGCCAGUGUGCUGCAACACGGGCAAAAUUAAGACCUUCAAUGAAUGAAGUCCUAAAUACUCUUGAAAGUACUCAAGCCAGCUUAUAUUUUGCUGAAGAUCCUCCCACGUCACUAAAGUCCUUCAGGUGUCCUUCUCCUCUUUUCUUGGAUAAUGUACCAAGUAUUCCUGUGGAAGAUGACGAAAGCCAGAAUAAUCAUUCACUGCCUCAUGAUAAAGAUUUGAGGAAAGAUGGAAUGACUCGGAAUAUUCCUUUUGAAUGCAGCCAGUCUGAGGUUACAUUUCUGGGCUUGGAAAGAAAGGCAGGGAGCAAGAGAAAUGAGGAUACUUGCAACAUGCCCAGUUCUUCCUGUGAAGAAAGUUGGUUCCCAAAACAUGUAGUUCCAUCCCAAGACUUAAAGGCCUACAGGGUGAAUAUAGACCCUUCUUUAGAAGCUCCAGGCCAUUCUUACAGGAGCAGGCCAGUGGAGACCAGCUGUUCUUCCAUAGUUUCCUGGAAUGAGUAUGAACAAUACAAAAAAGAAUAAAUUGCACCAGAGGAUAAAAAAGCAAGCAUUGCUGAGGCACCUCAAUAUAGGUAUCACCUUGCAAAAAUGUUGUCUCCAUAAGCAAUACCAAGAAAAUGAUCAAUAGUGAAUUUGGGUAAUGUAGAUAAACCAUCUGGACAAUUCCAUUCCUUCCUUCUCAACGACCAGAACAGGAGUGGCUUAAAAAUUUGUUUUAUUAAGAUAAUUGCCUCAUGAUCAAACCCAGGCUAAAUUGGAGCCAUUUAGAAUUAUUCAGGAUCAUGGGUUCUGACUUCAGCCAAACAAAACAAUCAAAGCCUACUGAAAAGGGACUGGAUUCUAAUGUCUUCUUAUGAUCCUCAGUGUGAAUCCUCAGAGCCACCAGCUGCUGAGUACAUUCAGUUGGAUUCUAUUGUUUGGUUUAGCUUGCUUGUGAGGAUUGUAGGAAAUGCCUAAUUUGUGUUACUAGACACCUUUUUAAAGAAUUGCCUUUUUAUUUUGAUUGGCCCUUUGUAUUUUUCUCUUUAUCCUUGUCAAGUCUGCCUGUUCAAAAUUAGCCAGGUUCAGCCUUGGCUAUGACAUGCUCUGUAUCGAGGGAGGAAUUCCUGCCCUCAAGAUCUGUAUUUCUAUAUUUAAACUUUUAGGAUAGUUUACCACAUAUAAUGUAGUUGUUGACUAUUAUUACAUUUUUGUUUGUUUGUUUGUUUACAAACUUAGAGGUCUGUUGUAUACUGUUAUAUACUGAAUAGAAUGUUUACCAUUUAAAUCAAGUCCUUUUUGUUCCUGAGAAAAUGGGUGAUCAUUUUUGUUUGGUUCUGCACCUUCCACUUUUUGUUUAUUUCUGCACCUUCCAGCUCUCUGCCUUUACUCCUUCUGUUUCCUGGUUCUCCCCCUUUCAAAGUUCUACUUACUGAUCAGGACUGUGCAAAACUGCCAUCCUCCAGGAAGCUUCCCUGAUCUCUAUACCCAGAAGUACUCACUUUAUCAGCAUUUCUGUAGAAGUUUCUUUGUAUUUCUCUUUCAUGCUUUUCACUUUCUGAAUUAUAUCAAAGUUACUUGUGUCAUCUUAUCUCUCUUACUAGACUGUAAACUCCCUGUAUUUUCUAUUUUACUAUAAUAAAUUAUCAUAAAUUUAGUGGCUUAAAGUAAUAUAAGUUAAUUAUUUUAUGGUUCUAGUGGUCAAAAGUCUUUGGCAUUCCUCUGGAGGCUCUAAAGGAGAGUCUGUUGCCUUGCCUUUUCUAGCUUCUAGAGGCCACCUGCGUUCUUGGCUCAUAGCCCCUUCCUCCAUCUCCAAAUCCAGCAAUGUAGCAUCUACAAAUCCACACACACCUCCCUCCCCUCCACUCCUUCCUUGUCACUUCUUUCCCUUACUCUGACUCUCCUGCUUCUCUCCUAUAGGGAUCCUGAGUUGCGCUGGGCUCACUCAGGGGCCAUCUCUUCAGGGCCUAGCAUGUUAUACACAGAGAAGAUGUUUCCUUAUAAAUUAAGUUGAAUUAAAUUAUGUCUAUGAGCCAACAUAAUAAAAAAUUCAGCUGUAAUAAACAUUGCUGAGUAAAUUAAUGAAGUAGAGCUAAUGACUGUAUGAUGAUGGAUAGCAACAUUUGAAUUUCCAGAGGAUGUACAAAAUCUCCUCCUCCAGGAAGCUUGUAAUGAAAGGAUAGACCCCUAGCUUCUGUGCAUCAGAGGAAUGGGCCCAGCCCAUGCCUUGCCUUUUUUUUUU